UGCUAGAUAUAUGCAAAAACUAUUUUUGCCGUAUGUAUUUGAAUUGAAUAAAUGUGCUAAAAUGUUCAAAAAAGUUGCGUUGGGCAUAUCCGGAGGUGUAGACAGUGCCGUUGCAGCGUUACUUCUAAAACGGGCAGGUUAUCUUGUCGAGGGUGUGUUCAUGAGAAACUGGGACAGCAACUAUGAGGCUGGUUUUUGUUCAGACGAAAAGGAUUUUGAGGACGCUACAUUCGUUUGUCGUAAGCUGGAUAUUCCUUUGCAUAGGGUCUACUUUAUAAAAGAAUACUGGAAUGAAGUAUUCACCGUGCUACUGAAUGAGUACGAGAACGGCCUAACGCCAAAUCCAGAUAUAUUGUGCAACAGAUUUAUUAAAUUUGAUAGUUUCUUUGAACAUUGCAGGAAUAACUUAGGCAUUGAUGUUAUAGCUACAGGGCAUUAUGCGAAUACGUCCUUUGGGCCCUUUUUGGACAAAUAUAAUGAAAAUGAAGGAGUAAGAUUACUACAACCUAAAGACAAAUUUAAGGACCAAACAUUCUUCCUAUCACAAAUUAAACAAUUUUCACUGAGAAGAUGUAUGUUUCCCAUAGCAAAUCUUAUGAAGAGUCAAGUGAGAGAGAUAGCAAAGAAAGAAGGGCUUAUUAAUGUUGCUAAUAAGAAAGAUAGCACUGGUAUAUGUUUUAUAGGGAAGAGAAGGUUUCAACAUUUUAUUGAAGAAUAUAUUGAAACAAGAAAGGGCAACUUCAUAGAUAUAGAUACAGGACAAGUGGUGGGGGAACACAGUGGACUCCACAAGUGGACUGUUGGACAGAGAUGCUGUCUGGCCAAUUGGAAAAAUGCUUAUUUCAUUUUUAAAAAAGACUUGGAUACUAAUGAUAUUUAUGUGGUUGCAGGCACUAAGCAUCCAGCCAUUUGGAACAAUCUAUGCUUCACAGGAACACCCCACUGGAUACACAGUGAACCUAUAGAACUGACCCAAAACAACGUACUUAAAUGUUGUUUCAGAUUUCAACAUACGAAACCCUUAGUAGCUUGUAGAAUAGUAAAUAAUAGUCAAGGGUUAACUAUUUUGUUAGAUAACAAUGUAAGAGCAUUGACUGAAGGACAAUAUGCUGUUCUUUAUAAAAAUGGGGAAUGUUUAGGCAGUGCUAAAAUCAAAGAGGUGUGUCGUAAUUUGGAUUUCCAGACUGAGUUCUAGAUAAUUUAAUUUAGUAAGCAGUGUAAAGAACACAUCAAGUGUGCUCUUGGCCC